CUGCAAACCGCAAAAUGGCAAACGUCAGCUAACCCGACGCGCUCAUGUGGCAGCUGUCGCUUAGGAUGAGGUAAAACGGCUCGUUCACACGGGACACCGGAGGAAUUUUCAAGAUACGAGGAGGAGAAAACUGUCAAUGGUCGUGAACACCAAAACAAAUCAGUUUUGACAGAGAGGAGAUCGAUAUGGCGCUGAGGGAGCUCAAAGUGUGUCUCCUGGGGGAUACUGGCGUUGGAAAGUCGAGUAUUGUGUGGAGAUUUGUGGAGGACAGCUUUGACCCAAACAUUAACCCAACAAUUGGGGCGUCCUUCAUGACCAAGACGGUGCAAUACCAAAAUGAACUACACAAGUUCCUGAUCUGGGACACAGCGGGGCAGGAGCGGUUUCGUGCUCUGGCACCGAUGUACUACAGAGGUUCUGCAGCAGCCAUCAUUGUUUAUGACAUCACAAAAGAGGAGUCCUUCCAAACACUGAAGAACUGGGUGAAGGAGCUGCGUCAGCACGGGCCUCCUAACAUCGUGGUUGCCAUCGCUGGAAACAAAUGUGACCUAUUAGAUGCCAGGGAAGUGCCAGAGAAAGAUGCCAAGGAUUAUGCUGAUUCCAUUCAUGCCAUCUUUGUAGAAACCAGCGCCAAGAACGCCAUUAACAUCAAUGAGGUGUUUAUAGAGAUAAGUAAGCGGAUCCCCGUUGUAGACGCAGCAGGAGGAACUUCAGGAAAAGGUUUCAAACUGGGACGUCAGGCCUCAGAGUCUCGCAGGACGUGCUGCUGAUGAUGCCGGUGACUGUUCCCACAUGACCUAUGACCUGACCUUAUUCUCUGCGUCCCUGACCUGCCUCAGUUUACGGCUCUACGCGCCCUCAGACAUCCUGCCGGGUGCAGCAGUGUCACUCUGAUGAUGAUAGUAAAUGCAUUUUUAAAGCACUUAAAGCAACACUAUGUAACUUUUACCGGGGAACAGCGCCCUCUGCAGCCACGUGUGAUGAUAAAUUCAGAUUUAGCUGGAGCUUUAACUGCUCACAAUACACAGCAACUGAACGGGGAAUAUUACAAAUGACCCCUGGCUUCCUGAACUAGAGGAGCUGCCGCUGUAACAAAUCCACCAAACUCUGCGUAGAAUUCCUCAUAUUUUAAAAGUUUCUUGGCUAAAUAUUGAACAUAAACUGUAGUUUUUAAUGACUUGGAGUCUUUUUAAAUUAUCUGCAGUUCAGCGUGAUUCUGACAAUUUAAGCUGCGACUAUCAGUCACAUAAACACAGGAGAUUGUCACAUAGAGCAAGAAGAGAAGUGCAGGGUGAGGAGUGGAAAUUCUCCCUAUUCCAAGUUAAUGAACCAUCAAACUAAUGUUGAAUCUGCUAUUUCAAGGUAAGAAAUAUGCAUAGUGUUGCUUAACAACAGCAAAUCAUCAUGUGUCAUCUGCAAGUUGCUUUCAGGUGAAAUACUUUCAGAGCACAGACAAACAUGGUUGCACAAAUAUAUUCAUUUGACAGGGAAAGACUCAUACACAUAUAUUCUGGCUUCUAUAAUGGACUUCAGUCUCUGUGUGGUAUGUUGUAGUCUCAUGUUGACCAGAGACUCAUCAUAUUCAUUCAGAAGUCACUUGUACCUGUAAAUUUGUACAAAUAUAUUAUCUUUCAACAAAAAGGGAAUUGACAAUGUUUAAAUCUCAACAAAUUAUUUUGAUAAUAUUUAAGUUAUUGCCUUUAAUUUCCUGGGAGACCCUCUCCCCAAAACUUAUCAACGUUAUGAAGGAUCCAUCUUUAUAAUUAAUGUGUAUAAUCAGUAAUUAAUCGGACAUUUCUUAUCAAAGAGAUUAUCAACGUUAGUACCAAUCUCUCAUCUUAAUGUUUACUUGAAGGAUCAAAGUGAAGAAAGAUUGUGCAUGCUUGAUUUAAAUUUAUAAUUUUCAUCAAAGCAAAAUAUCAAAAAGGCAUUUUGAUCUAAACCACAAUCACACAGUCAGGUAGGCAGAAAAAAGGUGCGUAUGCAUCUGCUUCCUUUUAAUAAUACAAUUAAUAAUGAAAAUAAAAAAUUAAUAAUGUUGGAAUUGUUCAACAUUUUUUGGAAGCACUCUUGAGAUAAGAAUAUUGAUUCCUCUCUUGCGUCUGCAUGAGCCUGGAGCCAGGAGCUGUUUUGCAUAGCUCAACAUGAAGACUAGCUGUUUCCACCUCUUUCUGGUCUUCAUGCUAAGCUACGCUAACCAAAUGUUUGUUAUUGCCAGUUAAUGAUCAGAUGUGAGAGUGGUUUUGAUCUUCUCAUCUGACUUUCCACAAAGUUAAUAAGCAUAUUAUCCAAACUAUUCCAUUAAAUCUAUAAUUAGUUGUUCCUCUCUCUUUGCGGGCAGGAUAUUUUGAUCAUCGAUUGCCCCUGGACAAUAACAAUAACUUAGAAUUGUCGUAAAAUGUCAAGCCAACAGUCCUCGUGUUCCAAUGACAGAGCUUUAAUCAGGGCUGAAAUCUCUGACUCUGCUGGUUGUCUUGAAGCUGAUUAUAAGAGAGCAGUUCCAGCUGCUCACAUGUGUUCCACAUUUCCACUUGUAAUUGCUGAAGAUCCAUGAACAGGCUCUUGUGUAUGAUGUACCCCACAGUGCACAGAAAAUCCUGCUGGUUGUUUCCAAAUAUUACUCAAGCUUAAUUUUCCUCAAAUCUCAUUGUAACUUUCACAUUCAACGGUGUGGCCGUCUGUCUGCAGCCUUUCGCUGCUACUUACUAGAAAUUUUACAGGAGAGGCUAGUAUUUCUGAGGUAUUGCCAAAUUCUUUAAUUGUGUGAUAAAUAUUUUUCCUCCCCCCCCCCCGCUCAAACAUCUAAAGUUGUUUUACUGCCUGCCCUGUGAUGGAAACAAUACGAGAUCUGGAAACUAGACUUAGUUCAGAGGAAGCUCCGAUUUUCGAGCUUAAAUCUCCCCGCAGCAGAAGUUUAUAGGUGGAGAAUCAGAUGUUACACUGUGUUGACAUGCUGACCCCUUAAUGAACCUUCUUUCCAUUCCAGUCUGUAUGCACCUUGUUCCAGCGUCUGACUUUCCUCUCUCUCUUUUCUGUGUUGUUCCUCUAAAUGACAAACAUAUUGUAGAGCCAGAUUUCAAUCAUUUUACAGUUACAGCUUUCACAUCAACACCUUUUAAUCCAGAAAAAAACACCUUCUUUCUCUGCCAUCCUUAUGUUAUGUUACAGCAAUCUCAUUUGCCUCUGAUAUUGCUUGAACUUCAGCAGCAGUUGAUCCAUGAGCCCACACUGACUCAUGAUUCAUUCUGUGUAUUUCAUGUUUCCCUGGAUCUCAUGAGCUCCUUCGGCCCCAAAACCUAUUUUCAAACUUGCCAAAAGAAAUGCAGAUAUAUUCUUAAUAACACUGCAUCUGUGCAUUUAUAAACAUUAAUUGUGUGCUUUUCUAGAAAGACACAUAAUUUUGCCUUAAGCAUCUUAAU